GUGAUCUCUUGGCUUUUCUCAUUUCCGGGGUAGACAGGAACGAAAACCAGCGGAAAAAAGGGCCGAAUUAAAAUUAAACUUAUCAACCAGAUACCGAAACACUAAUAGUUAAGGUACAAUUAUACGAGACAACUACCUACCUUGUUCUAAAAAGUAAUUUGAGUUCAUAUCUGAAGCAACUCAUAACUCCAACAGUCCAAAAAAAGGAAAGACAAUUGUUUAAUUUGAAAUCAUAUUCAAUAGAUAAUUGUUUAGUUAGUGAUACGAAUGUCUAGCGGUGGUGCAGUUAUUGACUCUGAUGAUGAAGGAGAAAUCUUUAACGGUUUCGGUUCAGCUCCUAUGUCAAGAAGUACUUCACAACAAAGAACAUCCAAGAGAUGGUCAUUUCAUAAUAAUACUAGACCAAAUUUAAUGGAUAUGCCAUCAGGUGCUGAACUUAAACGUCGAUUAAGUGAUAUAACUGGUGCAGAUAAUGUUCAUGAAGAAAUGGCCCUUUCUGUUUUAGGUGGUGGACAACUUUAUUCAACUGAAUCUGGUAGAUUAUUUCAUGCUGGAAAAAUUAUUAUUUCUUUAGCUGGUUUACCUGGUAGAGGUAAAACUCAUUUAUCAGUAUCUUUAACAAGAUAUUUAAGGUGGUUAGGAGUUAAAACUCAUCUGUUUCAUCUUAGUAACUAUAGAAGAGCUAGUGCAGAAGAUGAUCUUACUCAUGAUUUAUUUGUUCCAUCACCUAAUACUUCAAAGGCUAAUGAAAUUCGUAAGAAAAUUGUUGAUGAUUGUUUAAGUGAUAUAUUAAAUUUUUUUAAAAAUGAUAAAGGUCAAGUAGCAAUUUAUGAUGCAAUUAAUGCUUUACCAGAAUAUAGAAUUGAUAUUCAUCAAAGAUUUCAAAAAUUAAAUAUUCAAGUUUUAUUUAUUGAAAGUUUAGUAACUGAUGAUUCUAUUGUUAUGAAAAAUAUGGAAGAAGCUGCUCGUUCAUCUCCUGAUUAUUCAUCUUGGGAUUAUGAUAAAGCUUAUAAAGAUUAUAGUGAAAGAAUUAAAACUUUAACUCCAUAUUAUAAAGAAAUGGGAGAUUCUAUUGAAUCUAAUUUAUCAUAUAUUAAAUUUAUUAAUUUUGGUGAAAGAAUUGAAUUACAUAAUUCCAAUUAUGGAUAUUUAAUUAAUAAAGUUGUAUUUUAUUUAAUGAAUUCCAGAAUUAAAGUAGGAUCUGUAUUUUUUGCUAGAUGUUAUAAAAAUUCAGUUGAAUAUUCUGAAGAUCCUCCAUUAGAUGCUGAAGGAUUACAAUAUUCUAAGAAUUUAGCUUCAACUUUAUUUAAACAUUUAACAUCUCAAGGUAAAACUUAUAUUAAAGAACUUAAUGAAUUGAAUGAAAAACAUAGACCAUUAGAACCUCAACGUACACUUUCAGUUGAUGAAAGACAUCCAGCAGCUGGAGUUGAUGGAGUUGAUGAAAAUUCAUUAGUUGUUUGGACUUCAGUAAAGCAAAGAACUAUACAAACUACUAAAUUUUUUGCUGAAAGAAAUGUAAAAAUUAGACAUCGAAUUCAAUUAUCACAAAAGAAUCCUGGAGUAGUUAGUGGAUUAACUGAUGAUGAAAUUGAAGAAAAAUAUCCUGAUGAAUAUAAACAUUAUGAAAGAGAUCCUUAUCAUUAUCGAUUCUCAAGAGCAGAAUCUUAUCAUGAUUUAGCGAUUAAAAUUGAACCAUUAAUUUUAGAAAUGGAAAGAAUGAGUGGAGAUAUUUUAAUUAUUGCUGAUGAUACUAUUUUAAAAGUAUUUUAUGGAUAUUUAAUGUCAUGUUCAUGUUACGAUAUUCCAUUCUUAAAUUUCCUGACUAAUGAAAUAAUAGAGAUUAAAUUCAAUGCAUAUUCCAAUAGUGCCACUAGAAUUCCAAUAGUUUCCAAUGACUGAUUAUUAGUACUUAUGUUCCCGUAUUUAUUUCUUUGUACAAUAAAUAAUUUACGAUAUCUGUGUAAUAGUUAAUUGUAGUUAGUAGUUACUAGUUAGUAGUUAGUAGGUUUAUGUCUAUUUUUAUGUCGCAAAUUUGAAAUCCAUUUGCGACAAACAAGUUCGACUCCCAAUGGGGUCUAGUUUUUCAAAGCUCAGCUCCGAUAUGUAUGAGUUAUAGUAAAGCUUUAUUACCACA